AAUCUUAUCGACAUAGAGAAUACAGACAAUAGAAGCAAAUUGUUAAAAUUUAAACCUGACAGAAAACAAAUUAAUAUGGUGGCUGUUCUAGCAACAGCCGAUAUUAUGAUGAUUCAAAAGAAUUCCCAAAUCUUAGUGAAUGUUGAAGAAGCUUUAGAGGAUUUAUUAGUGGUCUCAUAUUCUAGUGAAAAUAAGAAGUUUCAGGGUGUACUUUUAGAUUCCAAUAAGGGCAAUUUACCAUUUGGUGUAUAUAGUCUCAAUCCAGCUUUUACAAAACUAGGUAAUAAAGAUGCUGGUUGCGAUGAAAAGCUACAUUCAGUUAGUCAAAGAUUUACUUAUCAAGAACCUCAAUUCGUGGAUGAGGAAAACAAAUUUAAAAAGCAGGCAAGGAAAAGCAAGCCUCAACCACGUCAAAAGAUGACGGUGCGACUACGACCUCGAAAAGUCCUGUGUUCAAAUUGCCAGGGUAUUUGCAAUGAGAACAAUGAAAAUGUAGACGUGUCGAAAAAACGUAAGCUAGAUUCUGACGAUGAUACACCUAAGCAAUCCUCUGAUUCAUCGAAAUUAGAUAAAAAAUACACCAAUAUGAAGAGUAUGUUAAUUCCAAAACUGUCUAGAUUGCAACCAAGUGAAAUUUCAAAUGCUAUGAAGUCUACCAGGAGUAGUGAUAAAUUUAGAACUGCAGAAACUGAAUUAUGUGUUGAUAGUGAGCAAACACAAGAAGUUGCAUUUGUAAGCGUUUCUGAUAACAAUGACAAUACAUUGGACACUAAGAAUGGUGACUCAUCAUUUAGCAACCUAUUUUCAAAUGCGAGAACUCUUAAAAUAUGUUUUGGUGAAGGCGAAGGCACUGUUGUAAAAAUACCACCCCUCAACAGCGAUUUUAAUGAAGAUUCUGGUGUGUCAUGUGAUAUGGCAAGGACUUCUAAACCAGAUAUAAAAGCUGUUAAAAAAGCACUAAAAAAAGCCAAGAAGCAAGCUAAAAAAAGUGCAACUAAGACAGACACUUUUAAUGAUUUAUCACCAAAAUAUAUUGGCGCAUUAUCUCCAAAAAAUAAUCUAUCACAAGUCUCACCUUCGGACCCUUUAGAAAAGAAACAUAAACAUAAAGUUAAACAUAAAAAAAAGAAUCGUGUAACACGUCAAAAAGAUGAAAACUCAUCAAAAAGUGACAAUGAUUAUUUUAGUGAUAUUAAAGACAGUUGUUUAAAUCAAAAAGUUUCUAUAAAUUUGCAACGAUUACGUAGCAAUUCGUAUGAAUGCAAAGAUGAUGAAUCAGAUGAUUGUGAAAGUGAAACAGUUCCAGACUUUCCUGCUAAAUCAGAAAGUAUUGGAGGAAGGUUGGUUAGGGUUUCACCUGGUGAUAUUGUGUGGGGAAAGGUGGUUGGAUUCCCCUGGUGGCCAGGCAGGGUUCUCAGCCUUGCUUCUACUUCUAGGGCUCAUGUUGCAUGGUUUGCUUCAACUACAUCAUCACUCAUGCCCUGUGACAGCUUGUGCCCAUUUUUAGAAGAUUAUAAGAUCUGCUUUAAUAAAAAGAAAAGGGGUCCAUACAAAGAGGCUGUGAAGCAGGCGACAAUGAAGGCUAAAGAGAAUGAAUCUCUUGAUCCACUUGCUAGCCCAAAUGCAUUAGCUGCUGUGUCACCACAACCUAUUGAUGUGUUCUCAUAAAUGUGAUAAACCCGACAGCACAGAUCUUAAGCGCUGAAAUUAUGUAUACAUAAUAGAUAACCCAAAAAAGGUAUAUUUUUUAUUAUAAUAAGACAAGCCAUUAUUAUUGUUUUCAGAUAUAUAGUUACUAAUUCUUUAAAUUUUACCUCUUCCAUUCCUCUACAGUGUGCAUCAUCAAUUCUCAGAGCUUAGAAUUUGAGCUGUCUAUUAUAUAUGUACUGCCCAUUUUGAUGUGAUAUUUAAAAAAAAACAGUGAUGAAAUAAACCUGACUUAAAUUAUAAGGUACUUUAGUUACUGAAAUUUUAAAUAGAAAAAGUAGCUUAUUUUUUUCAAACAUUAAAAAUUUAUUUUAUUAUGUACACUAAAAUUUAUAAAAUUAUUGAUUAAGCAAGUGAUAACAAAUUUGGAUGUUAUAUACACAAAUGAUAUUGUAUGAUAAUCAUGGUAUUUAUUAUGGGUUUAAGUUGUUUUAAGUUACCGGGGAAAUACUCGAAACUACUGGAGAAUAUUUUAUGUUUUAUUUUUUAUUUAUAUCAAAAAUGUCUAAUUAACAUGUUUCUACUAAUAAACAAAUAUAUAACUAGAAGACUAUACAUUCCAUUUUCUGGACUAGCAGUAAGUUGUUACUCAAUCUCCAGUCAGUAUUUUGUAUAUGUAUAAAUAAAAAAGCAAAAAUUCAAUGUUAUUUUGUAUGUAUUUUUUAUAAAUAUACAGUGUUAUGCUUAUAUAUUGUUGAACCGGGUUGCAUAUAGAGUCCUGAGUCCAUAAGUCUGGGAUUUACCUCCUCCAAUACUUUGGAAGAUGUUUAUUUCAUCACUGUAAAUUAUUGAGUAGGCCCUAACACAUGAUCUUUGUAACUGAUCAAUACAAUCAAAAUAAUAGAAAUAUAAACACAAUUUUGCUAAAAUAAUUCUGAAGAAAUAUAAAUGUUAUAUUUUCCCUAAAAAAUCAUUCUUAAAUUAUGUGCUUAACCUACAAGUGCACAAAAUGACCAUUAGAUUUAAGUUACCAUUUUAAGAAAUUUGUCUAAUGUUAUCCAUUAAGUGCAAUAUUUCUCUUAGUGAGGUUUCCUAUAUUGUAAAAACUUCAUGAUGAUUAAUAAUGACCCAUAUAUUGUGGCUGUGCAAAUUGCAAUACUAUAGCCAUGAUUUAUAGGGCAUAGAGUUCAUGACUUAUGUACUAAAGUUAUGUUUGCGUGGGUGAACCUGAUGUGGCAUAAAUUACAAAUCCAUAUUUUUGGGCUUCAUAGUGAUUUUAAAUUCAUUUGUUGUCAUGUCACAUAACUUCUUUGCAGUACAAAAUUUAAUUUUCUUGAUUCGGUUUGCCUAUUGUAAAAUUUAAUUAGUUAUGUUUUUUUAAACCAAAAGUAAUGGCUUAUUACAUUGUGGCUCUGGUAUCGUUAGUGACAAAGUAUUGGCAGUCCCUGUACAUUUAAUUUGCUAUUCCUAUUAUAAAGAUUAACUAUUUUUUUUAAUAGCCAUUCCAUUAAUUUUGUCUAUGUUUUAAAUAUAUCAUUUUUGUUUAAGUUGAUAAUCUCUUAAAUAAAUUUUUAUUUAGAUUGUUAUUUAAUUUAUAAGCAUUUAUUGUUGCUGCCUUUGCUGAGGCACCAUUAGUUUUAAUAAAAUAGGUUAUUUUAUAAAUGCUGUGAUGAUUUUUUUGUACACAUAACCUUUAACCUAAAGCCUGUGUUUUAUAUGUAAACACAUACAUAUGUGUCUAGUGUAUUAGCUACUAACUGUACAAGUAAUAUCGCCCAAAUAUUUUUAAUAUUUCAGAUGACUGUGUGUCCUCGUUAUUAUAUUGUGGUGAAAGAUAAUUAUAAGCUAGCUAUCAUGGUAAUGUAAAGAAUAUUAUAGAAUACAUAUAUGAAAAAAAAAACACUUGUUAUUUUUACGAAGCCAAAGGUGUUAUGAUCUUUGUAAUAAAUUACUGUAACUGUGUAAACUUCUACAGGAAUUGUAUUUCAAUAAACUAUGUUAGGUACAAAGAUC